AUGAAGGUUAUUGGCAGGGAGCUGAAUAAAAACUCAUCUGGAUAUAUUACGCUAAUUGCAGAAAAUGAGGAGGACAUGUGGUUAACGUACAACUUAGUUCAGGUUGGAGAUAAAAUGAGAUGUUCUACGGUCAGAAAGGUCCAGAAUGAAUCUGCAACUGGUAGUGUGCAGACGAAGCAAGUGAGAACCAACCUAACAAUAGAGGUAGAAAAAAUUGACUUCGAUUUACAGGGUUCAGUACUGCACUUGAAAGGCCGCAAUGUGGUAGAAAAUCAGUUUGUCAAAAUGGGCGCCUACCACACAUUAGACCUUAGAAUAGAUGAAAAGUUUACUAUCACUAAAACAGAAUGGGAUAGUGUUGCAAUUAUGCUUGUCGAACAGGCAUCUGACCCAACACAACAAGCUGAUCUUGCUGCAGUUAUCAUGCAUGAAGGCCUGGCUUAUGUUUGUUUGAUAACAAGUACAACAACUAUUGUUCGUGCAAAGAUUGAUACUACAAUUCCACGCAAACGUCCAGGUUUACCUACUGCUCAGCACGAAAAGGGUCUGUCACGCUUUUUUGAACAAAUAAUGCAAGCACUAGAGCGUCACAUUCGUUUCGACAUCGUCAAGUGUAUCAUAUUAGCCAGUCCUGGAUUUCUACGUGAACAAUUUUUCGAAUUUAUGAUCCAGACAGCAACAAGACAAGAGAAACGUGUAUUCUUAGAAAAUAAAUCAAAAUUUAUGCUUGUUCAUUCUUCAUCCGGUCAUAAACAUGCAUUGAAAGAAGUACUCACAGAUAGUGUUGUUAUGAGUAAACUAGUUAAUACAAAAGCAACAUCUGAAGUCACAGCAUUAAAUGACUUUUAUCAAAUGCUUAAAACAGAUCAAUCACGUGCAUUCUAUGGUUACAAACAUGUUAAGACGGCUGCUGAUGCAUGCGCUAUUGAUACACUACUGAUAACUGAUGCAUUAUUCCGUUCACGCAAUUUAGAAGAAAGAAAACAAUAUGUGGAGUUAGUUGACCAAGUUAAAGAUAAUCAAGGCAUUGUACGCAUAUUUUCAAGCCUACAUGUUUCUGGUGAACAGCUUAACCAACUAUCAGGUGUAGCCGCAAUAUUGCGUUUCCCAAUACCUGAACCUGUGACAGAUGACGAGUCGAAUAGUUCCGAAGAUGACGAUAAUUAA